AUGUCGCAAAUCAAUUACCGCACCAUCAAUAUCGACCAGCUCGACCCGGAGUCGUCGGUCAAUUUCCCUAUGGAAACCCUCAUUCCUGCCACUGUGCCUCAACCUGCGAGCUCUAGCGAUGCUGCCAAUGUCGCCGGCCAGGUGCGCCAGUUGCUGCGCAGCGGCGACACAGAAGGCGCGCUGCGCCAUGUUUUGGACACAGCGCCGCUAGGCGGUGAUGACCGUGCUAAGGAGGUGCAUCUGGCAACUGUAACUGAAGUGCUACAGGGUAUCCGACAGGGAGAGAUGACUCGGGUACUGGAGGGUGUCUGUGGCUCGGAUGGUGGAUCAGAGCGGGCAGACUGCUUGAUGAAGUAUCUCUACAAGGGAAUGACAGGGACCACCCCUGGUAGCGCUGCCCAGAGCAAGAACACUACAGGAUUCUCGCAGGUCCAGGCCCGGAACCUCGGCGAAGGCGGCGGUGGUCAGCAGAUGAGCGUGCUGCUUAACUGGCACGAGAAGCUAGUGGAAUUAACAGGGACUGGAUCGAUUGUGCGGGUUAUGACCGACCGCCGGACGGUUUAA